GCUCCUGACGAAGAAGGGGAAUCACCACCGACUUCAUCGGUGUUGUAGUAUGAGGCUACUGCGCAUGCUUAGGAAAGCCCGGGGGAAACACAAGGGCCUUGCCGACUCAGGCGUCGCUAUCACUGCGGUUUGUCCCUUACCCUCGGCGCACGCGCAAUACAGCAAAUCUUCUCCGGGCUUGGCGGCGAUUGCUGCUGUUUUGCCGAAUUGGAGUUUAUCUUCUGACAAAAAUACAGUUUGAAGGCACUUUCGCACUGCAAGUCACCUCCUGGAACUGAUUCCUCCAGACCCUCAACAUUUACCAUCCAGCAAAAGACAAACGAUCAGAAAUACAAAUGUCUACCACAAGACUAAAGUGUGAUGUGUUAUGUUCUUUACCAUAAGCACCCAUAAAAUGAGCUCCAUUGCAGACAGAGAUGAUGGUAGUAUUUUUGAUGGCCUUGUGGAAGAAGAUGAUAAGGAUAAAGCAAAGAGAGUAUCAAGAAACAAGUCUGAAAAGAAACGCAGAGAUCAAUUUAAUGUACUCAUCAAAGAACUGGGUUCCAUGCUUCCAGGCAAUGCUCGAAAGAUGGACAAAUCCACUGUACUGCAAAAGAGCAUUGACUUUUUACGGAAACACAAGGAAAUCACUGCCCAGUCAGACGCUAGUGAAAUCCGACAGGACUGGAAACCAACAUUCCUUAGUAAUGAAGAAUUCACUCAGUUAAUGUUAGAGGCUCUUGAUGGUUUUUUUCUAGCAAUCAUGACAGAUGGAAGUAUAAUAUAUGUAUCAGAGAGUGUAACCCCAUUACUUGAACAUUUGCCAUCUGACCUUGUGGAUCAGAGUAUAUUUAAUUUUGUCCCAGAGGGGGAACAUUCAGAGGUUUAUAAAAUACUGUCCACUCAUCUGUUGGAGAGUGAUUCAUUGACCCCAGAAUAUUUAAAAUCAAAAAAUCAACUAGAGUUCUGUUGCCAUAUGCUCCGAGGGACAAUAGACCCCAAGGAAACACCUACAUAUGAAUAUGUAAAAUGUAUAGGAAACUUCAAGUCUUUGAGUAACAUGCCUAACUCUGCACAUAAUGGUUAUGAAGAAACCAUACAGAGGUCUCAUAGACCAUCUUAUGAAGACAGAGUUUGCUUUGUAGCUACAGUUAGGUUAGCUACACCUCAGUUUAUUAAGGAAAUGAGCACUGUUGAAGAACCCAAUGAAGAGUUCACCUCUAGACAUAGCUUAGAAUGGAAGUUCCUUUUCUUGGAUCACAGGGCACCACCAAUAAUAGGUUAUUUACCCUUUGAAGUAUUGGGGACAUCAGGAUAUGAUUAUUAUCAUGUAGAUGACCUAGAAAAUCUGGCAAAAUGUCAUGAACACUUAAUGCAGUACGGAAAAGGGAAGUCCUGCUAUUAUAGAUUCCUCACAAAGGGGCAACAGUGGAUUUGGUUGCAGACUCAUUACUAUAUCACUUACCAUCAGUGGAAUUCUAGACCAGAGUUCAUCGUAUGUACACACACAGUAGUAAGUUAUGCAGAGGUUCGAGCAGAAAGGCGGCGUGAACUUGGUAUUGAAGAGUCUGUGCCAGAGACAGCAGCAGAUAAAAGUCAGGACUCUGGUUCUGACAAUCAUAUAAAUACAGUAAGCCUCAAAGAAGCAUUGGAGAGAUUUGAUCAUAGCCCAACACCUUCUGCCUCCUCAAGAAGUUCAAGGAAAUCUUCCCAUACUGCAGUCUCAGAUCCUUCAUCAACACCAACAAAGAUGACAAUGGAUACUAGCACUCCUCCAAGGCAAAAUUUAUCCACUCAUGAAAAAUCUGCACAAAGGAGGGCAUCACUUGGUAAUCAGUCUUUAAAUUCACAACCUGUUGGACAACCAUUAGCGCAACCAAUGAUGUCUCAGCCUGCAACUUUACAGAUUCAACAAGGCAUGACUCAGCCUAUGCUUCAGUUUUCUGCUCAGCUGGGAGCUAUGCAACAUUUAAAGGACCAAUUGGAACAAAGAACACGAAUGAUAGAAGCAAACAUUCAUCGUCAACAGGAGGAGCUGCGUAAGAUUCAGGAACAACUCCAAAUGGUCCAUGGGCAAGGGCUCCAGAUGUUCUUACAGCAGUCUACUCCUGGAUUAAACUUUGGAUCUGUCCAGCUGACUUCUGGAAACCCUUCAAAUAUUCAACAGAUUACACCACUAAACAUGCAAGGUCAGGUUGUUCAAACUAAUCAGAUCCAAGGUGGCAUGAACACUGGGCAUAUUGGUACUCAGCACAUGAUACAGCAGCAGCCCCUACAAAAUACUACAGGACAGCAUAGUCAACAAAACAUUCUCAGUGGCCACAGUCAACAGACAACUCUCACUUCUCAGUCUCAGAACACGCUGCCCACCCCACUUUAUAACACUAUGGUGAUUUCCCAGCCGGCUGCAGGCAAUGUGGUUCAAAUUCCUUCUACUUUACAGCAGAAUAAUAACCAGAAUGCUGCCAUUACCACUUUUACACAGGAUAGACAAAUCAGAUUUCCCCAGGGUCAGCAACUCGUAACAAAAUUAGUCACUGCCCCAGUAGCUUGUGGAGCAGUCAUGGUGCCGAGUACUAUGUUUAUGGGCCAAGUGGUGACUGCCUAUCCCACGUUUGCUGCGCAACAGCAACAACCACAGACAUUAUCAAUAACUCAGCAGCAACAGCAGCAGCAGCAGCAGCAGAGCCAGCAGGAGCAACAGCAGCAGCAGCAACAGCAGCAGCAGCAGAGCCAGCAGGAGCAGCAACAGCAGCAGCAACAGCAACAGCAACAGCAACAGCAACAACUUGCUGCUGUUCAGCAGCCAACUCAGACCCAGCUAAGUCAGCAUCCACAACAAUUCUUACAGACAUCCAGGUUGCUCCAUGGAAAUCAGUCUACUCAGCUUAUUCUUUCUGCUGCUUUCCCACUACAACAAAGCACUUUUACUCCGUCACACCAGCAGCAGCAUCAGUCCCAACAGCAGCAGCAUCAGCAGCAACAGCAGAUCUCACGACACAGAACUGACAGUAUGACAGAGGCUUCCAAAAUCCAGCCACAAUAAUGUGCAGCUGUGCUCUGGGAGCAAGCCAGAAAAAGAGGCUGCCAGUGGAUGAGAGAGAGGCCUAAAGACUUCACGAAAUGCAGUUUUGAAUAUUAUUCUAAAUGCUUGGAAUAUAUCUGUUGAAACGUAUAAUGUAAAAUGCUGAUGCAACUUCAGUAGGCAAAGGUACAAAAGAUGCUGGGAGACAUGGCCACCUUUGCUAGAGAUGUAGGUGUUCCACAUUCUGUAUUUUGUUCCUCCUUCAAAGACACAUUCUGCCGUGUGUUAAUUUGUUCAGAUCAAGUCUCAAAAUGUUCAGUGGACUAAAUAGGGCAUUUAAAUAUUGUGACGUUUUAAGCAGCUCUCUCAGAUUAAGUGUUACAAUGGACAUGCUGUUGCUGCAGCAGUUGUUUGGAGUUUUUUGUUUUGUUUUGUUUUGUUUGUUUCUCUCUCUUUUUUAGUAUGCCUGCAAUUAUGCUCCAAAAGAAGGUUAAUUUUUUUCAUAUUAUGGGACAGUAAAUAUUUUCAAAAUAUUGUGUGGAAUCAAUCUUCAUUGUACAGAUAUUGUAAAAUACUGUGUAUAUGUCUGGACAAAAAGAGAGCAGAAUAUUUUAUAUGAUGCAUGAAACUGUUGGGUUGAACAUUUCCCCCUAACUUUUCACACAGUGCUCAAAUUGCUGUCUUCAACUCUUACAUCUGUUUGUCUUCUACAACAUGCACCAUCAUUUGUUUUCAUCUGUUAUAUGAGCACAAGUCUUCUCUUUCUGGUUUAUGUGUGAUUUCAUGGUUUGUCCAAUGAGGUAAUACCGUAUGCUGGUUUGUGGAAUUUUGAGGUUAAAUUAUUGAUGAAACUCUUUGAAUUGUGCAGGGCGGGGGUUUCAAGAUAAUUGGUUUUAUAAAUAUCAUUUGUCAUUUCAUUAAUACUCAGAAAAAGUGAUUUGGGCAAAAAAAAAAAAAAGGAUUUUGCACUGCUCUGUUGCAGAUGGUUUGGAAUUUUACUUCCCCAAAGCUAUCUUUUGAUAUAAUAAAUAAAUGAAAAUAUUUAUGUACAAUUAAGGUUUAAAAAUAUGAAAGUAGUUUUCAAGAAUGUUUUAAGUACAGGAGUAAUUUGCACAAGAAUAUAUUUGACUUUAAUAAUUCUAGGCACUUUUUAACCUCUGUGGUGAGAAAUGUAACCUCGGAAUUUGUUGGAAUCUUUUUAUUCUUCUUUGAAAAUUGCAACCUUUGUUUAUUCAGAAAUGAUUCAGGGUCAUUUGAAACAGAACAAACCCAUAGUGCCUUGAUUUUGAUUCAGGUGAUAAUGUUCAACAUUUCAAAUUAUAUUAUACUGAAUAUGUGACUAUUUUUGAAGUCUUAGUACAUUGUUUACAAAACAUUCUUCAUUGUGAUGUACUGUAUUUGUAUAUACAAGUAUUUGGAGAUUCAUAUAAGCUGAGAAUUGAGCAUUUAUUUGUUUUUUUUUUAAGUUUGGCAUUCUACUUUUCAACAGUUAUCCGUGCAGGCAGCAUAAUGGGUUGACUUAGUUUUUGACGUAUUAAUCUGUUAAGAAAUUCACUUCUAAAUGAUACAAAGCCAGAAGCAAAUAGUAACUAAUGUGGCCACUUUGUAAAGCAGCUCUAAGUGAAGUCUGCUGAAAUUUAAUGGAAGAUAUAAAUUCAAAUAAAAUCUGAGCUCCAUUUUCUAACUGCACUAAGACUUCGGAUAGCAAAUUCCCUUCAUAAAGAUAAUAAAAAGAUCCAACACAAAUUCUGUACAGUUUCAAAAUAACCAUUGAGUGGAUUUUAUGGUACUGGUUUUAAAAACCACAUCUACAGAGCAAAAAAUGAGUUUUAAUUACAAAGGUAGAUUAGAAAAAGCCUGAUUGUGAGGAAGGAAUGUCCAAGCCAAGAAAGAUGGUGUAUUAUAGAGGAGCUUUAUUCAUGUAACCAAAGGGUUGAAAUGCUGAGAAUGUAGUGCUGGGAGAACCAAUGUGCAAGAAACGCAGCACCGUAAUAGUAAAUGAUAGCAGCAGUUUUAUUUGAGGCUAACUUUUAGAGUCCCUUUCUUUCCCAUCAUCUUGCAGGAGCCCCUGACAAACAUAUGCUCAUCAUAGCCAGUAGUCUAGUUGCACAACCAUAAGGAAAAGAGAUGGAAUUUUGAGAAUAGAGAGCCAAAGAGUUGGAUUAUUUUCUGUUUUGCUGGGUAAGGUAUGGAAAUCAAGGUCUGGAAACCUCCUACUGUAUUCUUUAAAGGGACUUUGUGGUAUCCCCUUAGAUAUCCAAAACAUGUAAGAAGCAUAUAUUGUGAGGGGGGGGGGACCUGUAAACAUAUAUUUCAGGUAGCUUUGUCCUGCUGUAAUCUGCUUGUAAUCCCAUAUUAGGUUAUGUAGAACAAAGGUUUCUGCUUUAGUUAUGUUAUUUUAGUGAAUGGUCAUCCUCGUGGAUUUUAAUUGAUUUAUAACAAUAUACAGUAGCACUAAAUAAGAUCAUUGGGAAAGCUUUUAUAGUGCAUGUAGACAAAGAUGGUAAGGCUGUAGUGUUUAAAUCUCGGAAUGUAGAGCACAGCUGACUUUUGAUGGCAUAAACCCCUUCCUUUUUGGCUGUUUCUUAAGCAGAAAUUCAUUCAGUGCUAGGUGCAGUGUUUUUCUGAGAUUCCUGAGCAAUUGCUGCAAAAAGUGUAAAUUUUAGAGGAGCACUGAGAAAGUGGGAAAAAAAAGGUUUAGAAAUAGUUUAGUAAUAAUUCCGGUUAUGUUAACAGAAAAGUACAGGAAAAAAGCCUUGACAGAUGAUGGCCCUGAUCUGUCAGGGCUCACUCUAUUGUGUCUGCAGAAUAUUUGUUUUCACUAAAACAGGAGGGAAAUUAGGUUCUGAUGCUUGCUCUCAUAAUAACUAUUGUUUCUGCAAGGUUUUUGUCUUAUCCCAGUAGAUGCUGUAUGAGUGAAUGCUUUGCCACCUGGAAUUUAAUAUGGCCAAAUGUUUGCUUGGAGCUGGUGGUGGGGAAGAUGGAUCGGAUGAGCAUGGUGAAAAUUUGUGAAUGAAUGUUAUGGGUAAUGCACUAGUGCUAAAACAACAACAAAGCCAUCAGAAGUAUGAUGAAUUGCUGCUGGAGAAAUAUGGUUCAGGUUUCUGUUAAUUUGCAGAUGGGUGGGAAGGGAAGAAGGCUCAGAGAUGAGCCCCUGGGAAUGUUAGAGGGAAUUGUAUAAAUUUUUAUAUUAUAUUUAAUAUAUACUAUAUUUGUACACAUAUUAAAAGAUUAUAGUCAGAUCUGUCCAUAUGCCUUCCAUUAUUUUUAUCUAGACGUUUACUUGCUGGUGCUAGGGCUCCAGUGUGUUACAGCGUUCUGUAGGCUGCCCACCUGCUGCCAACCAAUAACAACAAAAAUAUCUUCACAUCCAUAUGACAACUGCAAAGCUGUUGAUCCUAAUUCAGGUAGAUGCUUAAGGAUAUGCCUGAUCAGUGGCUAGAAUCAUUGGGGUUAAUAAUAGGCAGGGUAAGCUGAGUUAUGGGCAGGACAGGAGAAACUGCAUUUGAAACAAGGUUGUGGAAACAGGGAUCUGCUGAUUCCAACAAUCUUUUUACUGGCCCUUGGGCUGUCCAAAGAAAGCAACAUAACUGGUCCAGAUGAGAGUGAUCCCAAAGAUUAUUUGUUGUCAUAUCUAGAAAAACUGGUAAGUGAAAUAAAAAGCUUUCGUGGAUUAAACACCGCUUUGUCAGGAUUGUACCAGUGUGAAGGUGUCUGUGAUUCUGAAGUGCCAUGCUCUUGUUUCUCCAAGGCGGUCACCCUCCUAUUGUUUGUGAGUGUCAUACUGAAUUAGAGUAGAAGCAAAGAUAUGUAUAAAUGUAAGCACUUUAUUUGGGGUCGGUGGGUGGGAUUCACUUGGAAUACAGUUUAUUAUUUUUAGGCAAUGGAACUGUUCACAAAUGGGAGUCCAGAGGAAUCAGAAUGUAGACGAUUGUCAAAAAGAGGCAUUGCUGGAAAAUGUUUCUUAUUAUGGUGAUCCUUUGAGACUCUUAACAAGAUUAUGCAGGCAUCUGAUAUUGGCUGGCUUUGUAGGAAAUGGGUCAGUACACAUCUAUGCUUUUUUAGAACUGAUUUUAAAAAAGUUGCACAGCUGUCAGAAAGAUAUCAACAGGAGGCUUAUGAGAGCCUUUUAAAUGAUUCUAAGUGGUCCUUAGGAUUAAAAUGUGUAGAUGGUUUACAGAUGUGGCCUUUAGUAGACUGCUUUCAGUCACAACAAUAGUUUGUAUGUUUAGAGAACACCCAUUUUGUUGUGUGUCUGUGUGCAUGUUUUUUAUGUUAAGAUGCCAUGUAAUUCAGCAUGUGUGUCAGACUUAUAAACUGUCUCCCUGGGAGGUGUAUUGAUGAAACCUACAUGGUGGAAAUGAGGCCUAGAGGAGACACAUUUGCUUUAAAGGGGAGGAGAAAGGUUUUUUCUUGCUCCCCAUUCCCAGUAAAAAGAGGCAGAGGAUCUUUCUGGAUAAUCUAAGAUGUAUAAAAUUUUCUGAAGUUUGAGUGUUGAACAGCUUGUGCUAAAUGAGAAAAACUGAGAGAUUUUUUUUUAAAAAAAUAAUGAUUUGGUUGUUUAUUAAAUUGGGUGGUUUGUCAAUAUAUAUUUUUUUAACACUACAUUCCUGUCUUUUAAUAAACUAGUACUUUACAGUUUGUGUUGCUAUGCUUCAUGCUUUUUCAUCUGCAUGGGUGUUGCCAGCAGCAUGAUAUUUCUCAAAGAUAUUGUAUGUAUUAUUAACACACACACACACACAUACACACCAAAAAAAAAAGCAAAAUGAAACACUGUGUAUGAACAAAAUACUGUGUUGCCUGAUACACAGAUCCCAGCUCUGAUUGAGAGGUGCUGCACUAGUAGACAAUCAAAAUCUAUGGAAGACUUUUGGGGUGGGAGGGGAUGUUCCUAAAAGAUACAGCUGCUUUGAAACUGUUUUUAUUCUUAAAAGUAUUUAUUUUUUAAAUUGUCUAAUUGAAUACUUUUCACUGUUGAUUUCACAUUGUCUUGGUUUUGCAUUUUUAAAAUUUGCAUUAGAUUUGUACAUGUAGAAAACCUGUGCGAUUUUCAUGAUCUGACAUCAGGAAACUGUAGAUAUGGUUCCUUAGUGUUCAUGUGACCAUUUACCAAGUGUCAGUUUUUAACUGAAUAAAUAUAACAUUUGAAAUUUA